GGAGCUCAGCGGCGGAAGGAAGUUGCCAUGCGCGGCGGCGAGGUGAAGCCCGGGAAGAGCCAAAAGGGCUCGGCGCAGAAGCACCUCAACGCCGGCUUCGUCGUCGCCGGCCUCCUCAUGUUCCUCAUCUAUCUCGUCGCCCAGCAUUUCGCCGUCAGCGCCCCCCAUGUUGUCAUCACGGAGGCGCAAGAGAUCAUGGAUAAUAUCAAAGCUCCCGGUGAAACAGUUGUCAUCACGGAGCUACAAGAGAUAAUGCAUAAUAUCAAAGCUCCCAGUGAAAUAGCAGAGAAUAAUGGCAAGGUGGAGUGCAAAAUGGAGGGCCGCUCCGACACCUGCGAAGUCGACGGCGACGUCCGCACCAACGGCACGGCCCUGUCGGUGACCCUCGUCCCAGCGACCCGGUCGUCGGAGCGCCGGGAGUGGAUGAUCCGGCCCUACUCGCGCCGGUUCGCCAGCCUCAGGAAGGUCGCCGUGACGCAGCUGCAGGACCCGGGCGCCGCCCCGCCGUGCACGGUGACCCACGACACGCCGGCCGUCCUGUUCGCCAUCGGCGGGUACGCCGGCAACUACUGGCACGACUACGCCGACAUCCUCGUGCCGCUGUUCGUGGCGUCCCGGCGGUACGGCGGCGAGGUCAUGUUCCUGAUCAGCAACAUCCAGUUCCAGCCGCGGUGGCUGGUCAAGUACAGGGACUUCCUCCGGGGGCUUUCCAAGUACGACUACGUCGACAUGGACGCCGACGAGCAGGUGCGGUGCUUCCCGCACGUCACGGUGGGGCUCCGCCUCGAUAAGGAGUUCAGCAUCGUCCCCGAGCUGGUGCCGGGUGACCACCGCCUCGCCAUGCCCGACUUCACCCGGUUCCUGCGCGACACCUACGCGCUCCCGCGCGGCGCCGCCGUCAGCCUCGCCCAGGAGCCGGGGAGGAAGCCGCGUCUGAUGCUGAUCCACCGGGGUCACUACCGGCGGAUCCUGAACGAGCCGGAGGUGGCGCGGGCGGCGGAGGCGGCGGGGUUCGAGGUUGCCGUGGCGGAGCUGCGCGGCGACACGCCGGAGGCGGAGCAGGCGCGGCUGGUGAACUCGUUCGACGUGGUGGUGGGUCUGCACGGCGCCGGGCUGACGAACGCGGUGUUUCUGCCGCCGGGAGGGGUGCUGGUCCAGGUGGUGCCGUACGGGAAGAUGGAGCACAUCGCGCGGGCGGAGUUCGCGGAGCCCGUGGCGGACAUGGGGCUGCGCUACCUCGACUACAGCGUGAGCGCGGAGGAGAGCUCGCUGAUGGAGACGCUGGGGUCGGAGCACCCGGCGGUGAAGGACCCCGACUCCGUCCACCGCAGCGGGUGGACACAGGUCUUCGAGCUCUACCUCGCCAAGCAAAACGUCCGGAUCAACGUCACGCGCUUCGCGCCGACGCUCCAGCAGGCGCUCAACCACCUGCGCCAGCAGUAGGGGAAGCCACUGGCAGUUGCAUAUAGGUCAGCGUGCUUUGUGAAGUGGUUCGUUACUUGGUAUAGCCAUUUCAACGGCAAGAUCACUUGUGCAAGCAGUGCACAUUUGUCUCGGUUGAGCAUAAAGAUGCAUUUUUGUCUUAUCAUCGAGGGCUCGUUUGGCAGGGUUGUGGUUGCGGCUGAAAUGGCUUCGGCUGUGGCUUCUUUGAUGGAGCGGUUUUUUUAGCUCUGACUCGUUCGAUUGGAAAAAAUAUUUGGCAAAACGGCUUCUCCUG